CCUUACGUUUUAGACAGGGGAAAAAAGAUCCUAUCACAACCAACUGUGGACCACUCCAGCAAAAACAGCGUUUAAUUUUGCCAUAGAAGCAAAUAGCAAGUGCACAGCGUAGGAAAUCAGUGAGCAGUCAGAAAUGAAUGGAAGUGUCUCUCUGGCACACUCUUGACUCAGAAAAGCAAAUACCAUCCAAGGACAAAGUGGUCGGAUGGAGGUGACUGAGGGAAAGCCUGGGAAGCCCCUGAUUUCACACCAGCAUGUGCAAGGAUACACAGGGAUGAGAGAGUACUGGAGAAAGAGCUGCGCGCCUGCUUCCCCACAGCCCUGGCAUCUCGGAAAGUAAAGGUUGCACAGCCAGGUGAAGUGCUGUACAUGUGCCAGCCGUGGGCUCAGCAGAAUACUGUGACUGCUCCAACCCUGAGCCUGCUUUUCUGACUGACUCCUGCAGUUUUCUUCUGAGGAGCAGGCGAGAAGGAUGAAUUUUGCCAAAUGACAGCAAAGGCAAGGACUUCGCACCAGGCAUCAUGCCCUCACAAGGAUGGCCAUCAUGUCACGGAGAAGACCAGGCAGAGAGGGAUGCAUGGGCAGAGCAGAAGGGAAGAGGAGUUUUUAUAAAGGUGGGGAUAACAAGGAGCUUCAUGAAAUAAAGUUUGGAGAGAGAAAGCCCAGCUUUUUCGGGCUGAAUUUUUUCAGAGGGUCUUCACACCCACUUCCUUCUGGCAGCUCAUUUCUGAGUAACUACUGAAUGCUGGUGCUUCGCCUCUAUUUAAAAACAGAGUAAUUAAAACUGCCUGGGAACUGCAAGAGCAGUGAGAAAUAAUUGGAGACAUCAAGAGACAAGAUAUAUGGAAACUUGCUGCUUGUAGAUAGGCCAUUUUCCCAAAGGUGGAAGCCACAGAAGUAUGUAGAUGAGAGGGGAAAUCUCUCUGUCAGAUCCCAUUGAAAUCUCCAUUUUGGGCACUGCUGCUCCGCUGCUAAGGUCCUUCCAUCGUCCCACUGCAGCAAGCAAAGCCAACACUGGGCAAUCCUCUAAAAUGUUUAUUUGGACCAGUGGCCGGAGCUCUACAUCUUACAGACAUGAUGAGAAAAGGGAUCACGAUCUACUGGACAAAAGGAAAACAGUUACAGCCCUAAAAGCUGGAGAAGACCGGGCCAUACUCCUCGGGCUGGCCAUGAUGGUGUGCUCUGUCAUGAUGUACUUUCUCCUGGGAAUCACCCUGCUGCGGUCUUACAUGCAAAGUGUCUGGACAGAAGAGGCUCAGUGCUCGCUUCUCAAUGCAUCCAUCACAGAAACCUUCAACUGCUCAUUUAGCUGUGGUCCAGACUGCUGGAAAAUUUCCCAGUACCCGUGCCUCCAGGUGUAUGUCAAUCUCACCUCUUCCGGCCAGAAGCUUCUGCUCUACCACACCGAGGAAACAAUGAAAAUUAAUUCUGAGUGUUCAUACAUACCCAAAUGUGGCAAGAAUUAUGAGGAAUCCAUGUCACUGGUGAACGUCGUGAUGGAAAACUUCAGAAAGUACCAACGCUUCUCCUGCUUCUACGACCCUGAAGGCGUGCAGAAGAAUGUGAUACUAACCAAACUGUACAGCUACAACGUGCUGUUCCACUCCCUCUUCUGGCCCACGUGCAUGAUGAUUGGUGGGGUCGCCAUUGUCGCGAUGGUAAAGCUGACUCAAUACCUUUCCCUCCUCUGUGAGAGAAUCCAAAGGAUCAACAGAUAAAAAGGAAAAUUUCUCUGAGAUUUAAGUACAAUGAAAACACUGUUUUCUCAUUCUUCACCAAAGAACCUUAAGUUUGUAACGUGCAAGUCUGGUAUAAGUUCCUUACUAUAUUCUUAUGAGUAGAGCAAUAAUGCAAAUGCUGUUCUAUAUGCAAACAUGUUACUAUUAUGCAGACAACUGAAAAAAUACUGUUUUGUGUUGACUGUCUAUAUGAUCUUGUUCUAUGCUGAGACUAGUAUUUCUUUCUUUUCUAUGGCCAAAUUAGGGCUCAGUGUGACCAUUUGCCAAGCUUAGUCAAUUGGUAUUUUCAGCGUAAAAGGAUUCUGGAAAAAAAAUCACUGAUGGCCAAAGGGCAGCCAACCACUUUGUGCAUCAUUGAGGUCUCACAUCUGUCUGAGCCCAUUCAAUUGAUUUAUGGCUUUGCUUUUUUAUUAUUGGCUCCAGGGGGAAAGGGGAAGCGUUGAUAGUGAGGGGGUUUAUGGUAACACAGCACAAAAGGGACGUAUUUUUGAAGACAGAAUAAGCAUAUGUUAUUUUCAGCCUUGGUAGGACUUGGUGAUGUUUUGUGUUUGCUCCCCCAGGUCAGAAGUAAUUUGUACCCUGUAGUGUUUCAGGUCUUUUGGAAAACACUUCAGAGUUUUAUUUCAUUGACUGCUAUGAUUUCCUCCUGUCUUACCCACAUCACCUUUGUCACUCACAGAAGCUGAAAAGAAAAAAGAAAACCACAAAAUCACCUUGUUCCAUUUUCUAGUCUGAGCUCUAUUGAUGGAGGUGGGACCAGAACUCCUAUAUAAAGGUUUAUCACUCAUUUGUCUUGUAUUUGCUACCAUAUCACUGUAAAGAAAAAAAAAAUAACACAAUCGGCUAUUUUUUCAUUUUUUACUUCCAACUAUUUUAGAUUUUUUUACUUGAUAUAUAUACAGAUAUAUAUAUAAAGAAAAAGCUAUAUUGUACCUAGUUGUGUAUUGGAACUUGAUUAUGGGGGGGGUGUUUGUUUUUACCCACUGGAAAGCAAAAAGUACAACUCAUUUAUAACCUUCAUCCUUGGAUAAUAUCAUAACAUGGAGGAGCAACACUGCAGGAUCUUAUCCAAUAUUCACGAUAUUAUUUCAGUCAAAAGUCUCUGUUGCUGUGACAUCAGAAUUGACAAAAAUCUCAUCAAGUUCUGUGGUUUUAUUAUUUGAAUUGUUAGAUAAUCAUCAUAAUGCGUCUGGAAAUCUCUCCUGACCUUAACUCAGUUUGCAGUGCUGGCUGACGUGAAUUAUGAUUUAAAGGCUCAGGUGCAAUGAUUUAUUGGAAAAACUGAGAUUCUGACUAAAAUGUUGUCCUGUCUGUCAAACAUUUACCACAGGGAUCUUGCCAGUAUAAAUUCGUAUGUGCUAUAGUCACGAUUUCUGCAUAACCUUUUUAUUCCCCUGUAGAAAGCAUUCCUUCUUAUGUUUUAAAGAUAACUCUCUCAGUUUCUCACUUCGCACCCAGCCUGAAGGACAAACCCAAGGCAGCUCUUGUAAGCACCUUGUGACUCAGUAUUCAAUCUCUCAAAGAAAACAUUUACAGACCUAUUCAAACCAAGAAACAUUUUCCCUGACAAAAAAGACUGCAAAGCAAGCACUCUGCCUAGCUCCUCUAUAGGUACCUUUCCACAAUGUAGCAUUAACAUUUUCAAGACGUUACAAAACUUUACAAGUCAUGCAAGUGUAACCUGAGCUGCAGAAAAGAGAGUUCUCAGCACUGAAAAUGAACCUGCAAUCUUGUAAUCAGUAGUAUUAUUUUCCAUAGGUAAAUAAACUCCUGGAGGGUGGGGAUAUAAUGAGUGCUCCGAAAGUAUGUAAUAAAAAUAUUAAAUUAAAUCUUCCAGAUUUCAA